AUGAAGUUUUCUGGAUUGACUGGAAGCGAAUUUUCAUCAAUAAUUUUCUUUCAUUUUCCAGUGGCCGGAGUCCACCUAACCCUGGACAUCCUAGAUACAUCUGGCUCGUUUGAAUUCCCCGCUAUGCGAGCGCUGUCCAUCUCGUCAGCUGAUGCUUUCAUCCUUGUCUACUCAGUGGUGGAUGCGGCCACCUUUGACGAAGCACGGGUGAUUCGCGACCAGAUCAUUGAGACUAAGGGCAACCGGGCUGUGCCCAUUGUGGUUGUAGGGAACAAGCUGGAUUUGGCUGAUGAGAGUCGAGAGGUGUCAUUUGAAACGACAGAGUCGAUAGUAACAGUGGACUGGGAGAACGGUUUUGUAGAGGCGUCAGCUAAGGAUAAUAUCAACGUCACACAGGUUGACGCAUGCCUCAACCUUGCCUCAAACCUUGUUGUUUCUUAUAUCUCCUACCUCACCCAAAAACUCUAA